AAUUUGGCAUUUUCUAUUUGUUUACGUUUCAUAUAGUGAAAUAAAUUUCGUAACUGAGGAUAGUUUAAUUGGCAGAAAUGUCAACCUCCGUAAUUUUGGCAGGACUAGGAUUAGCUGCAAUCGGGUUUGGAGGUCGGGCGCUGUUGCGUCAGAUGCCAAACGCUGCCAGCAAAAUGCAAGAAGCGCUUCAAAGUUUACCCAAAUUUGACGCAGAAUCAAUGGCCAGUUCCAAGUACUAUCGUGGAGGAUUUGAUCCAAAAAUGAAUAAACGGGAGGCCGCUCUUAUACUAGGCAUCAGCCCAUCGGCAUCAAAACUGAAGAUAAAAGAUGCACAUAAAAAGAUAAUGUUGCUAAAUCAUCCUGACCGCGGGGGAUCUCCCUAUUUAGCUGCGAAAAUAAAUGAAGCAAAAGAUUUCUUAGAUAAUGCAAAGUAGCUGUUAGGUACUGACAAUCUGUAAAUAUCAAAGCGUGUCAAUAUAGAGUAAAUCAUAUAUGAAUAUUAAGCCAGCAUAGCCCGGACUCGAUUAUUCGGGUUCACUUUUAUUUUCAGCCCAGAUAAUCGAAUCAUAUUGCCCUUUUCUUUGGUAACAAAACGCGCUGCUCACUUUUUUGAC